AUGGCCAAUUACGAGCGCAUCCAUCGGACCGAUCUGGACACCAUUCACAAACUGACACGCCAAUUGGUUGAGAGGACGAGCAACCGACUCCGGCCUCGCCCUUUUGCCUCCACUUCCAUCUCUACUGCCGCCUCUGAAACCACCCCGGCGACAACUGCCAUUGCCGGCAUUGACGAUAGUGCUAGACUGACUGUCCCUGUUUUGCCUGCCUCUCACUGCACUUCUUUGCCUUCGCCACGACUCGAACUCUCCUCAAUGCCUAAAACUCUAGAUGUGAGAACUAAAUGGCUUAUAGGCCCCGCUUAA